AUGGGGCAUCAAGAGUACUCCUCAGAAUUCAAGAACCAAGUGGUUCAAUUCAUCAUCGGAAGGUGCGUCGGCAUUGUUCCUCCUCGCGGCACACUUAAGGAGGCACAACUCAAAUUCAAAAUCUCCCGUCAAACAUGUACACGAUGGUGGAAUGCUGCAAAGAAACAACAACAAAGAGGACAAUCAAUGCAAUUGCUAGACAGGAUCUUGAACAAGAUCAAGUUCAGGAACAUGUACAACACCAUACACAUUGAUGAAAAGUGGCCCUUGUUUGGUGUUAAUGGUGAAGUCUUGUUUGAUGGAAAAAUUGGAAUUUUUCCAUUUACCAAACAAGUUCCUGCCAAAAGGUCAAGCAAGAACAGAAUGGCAUGCACUUUGGAGACAAAACCCAUAGAGAGUAUCACAAAAGAUGUGACCAGGGACAGCUUGAUCAACAAGAUAUUACCUGCCAUCAAAGCCAAGUGGCCCGAUGGGGCAACUAAAGUUCUCAAGAUACAACAAGACAAUGCAAGACCACACAUCAAAGACAAUGAUCCAGCUUUCAAAGAAGCUGCACAACAAAGUGGUUUCUCAAUAUCACUUGUGCAACAACCACCUAACUCACCUGACACUAAUGUCAAUGAUUUGGGUUGGUUCCGAGCAAUACAAUCACUGCAAACUCAGACUGCAUGCAAAAAUGUGGAUGAUUUAGUGAAUGCAGUGGUGCAAUCAUUCAAUGAAUUACAGCCACAGACUUUGGACAAUGUUUUCCUAAGUCUUCAUGGAUGUUUCAUGGAAAUCAUGAAAGUUCAGGGGCAUAACACAUACAAACUGCCCCACAUGGGGAAAGCACAUUUAAGGAGGACUAAUCAACUUCCAAAGGAUCUAGAAGUUCCAGUGGAGCUGGCUAUGCAAGCAAUUGCUUACAUGCGGGACCAAGGGAGCAACGAGGGAUUGGAGCUGAUUGCUCAGUCAUUAGGAUUAUGA